CGGUGUUCAAGCGAGCAAUAUUUUCGGGGGCCCGGGGAGAGAAAGGUUGCCGUCCUCGAGACUUCGCGACGUCCCGAGAAAAUGAUCUCGCAUUCGCUAUUAUUUCGCGAGUAACGGAAAUAUCACGGUGUUCGAGCGUUCGGCUACAGGCCGUUUUUUCGCGCGUCCUCCUGCAACAACAUUCCUUCUGACGGUCAAGUCGCUCGGAGACCCGUGACACGGUAGCCAUAUUUGACUUUCGUUCCUUCCAGUAUGACUUAGUUAAAAUAAACGUCUAAGCAUUUAACGUUGAUAAGUUACGCGAGUUUUCAUAGUCGAUUGUUUGAUAAAAUUCGCGCAAGUGUUUUAAUCGUAGUCUUGUCAUUAUUUUUGUGUGAUUCCACAUUCAUAGACUUUGUUUUUUUGUGUGGCAGGAAGCAGUCUUCUGCGCAGCAUGUUUGGUGUGCACGUCUCGUGUGCAAAAGUUUUUAUAUUUUGAAAGUACAAUUGUAAGCCUUUUACGUCGUUAAUAACGUUUUUUAAAUUUAUAUUUUGUGCUCAGUGUGUCGAAUUUUUACUCUAUCACGGUACGGUGAAAUUUUGACUGUUAUUGAGACGCAUAAACAGGAAGAAGGAUCUCGGGCAGAAUCGGAAUACUAGUGAAUAGUAACGAAUAAAAUUGUAAAAUAUUGAAUAAAAAAUAAAAUAUAGUCGAAUUUUAAUAUUUACAUUAUAUUUCAUGAAGUAUUCUAGACGUCAAUCGCAUACCAACAUCUUACGUAAUAUAAAGAUAGCGAAAGUUAGAGUGGAUUAUUAUUUCCCUGUGUGACGAAUAAUUCACGAAUGAUUUUCCUAUAAAAAUUUUGACAAAUCUAUACGUUAAAUAAAAAAUAAAACGAUUACGUGACAAAUCACACGAACGAUCAAUCUACUCGCGUAGUCUUGUAAGCCUAUAAAAAUGGCCGUCGGCGAGGCGCGCCGCGUCAGUUUUUCGCCUACUACUUACGUACGACGUUAUUUUUUCGGUUAUAGAGCACCACGUUACGCUACGGACAAAGCAAAAAUACAAAACCAUUGACGUUAACACGUACACACUUUGGGCUUCCAUGGGUCAUUAACCUUUCUCUCACGAUUAUUGGUAAUAAAAAUACACACAAACUACGAAAAAAUUUGAAAAAAGCCUUGUAUCUUUUGCCAUGUUUAUCAAGCGGUUUGUUAGAAUUUCUUUGACGCCGCAUGAUGUGUACGAGGCACCUACGCGACCUUGAAUCCUAUAGAGAAGUUGCUCGCGAGAUUGAAAGAUUGAUCAUCAAGUGCGAUUGUUGCGUUAACGCACGCGCAAUAAGAAAAAAAUAGAAUCUCGCUGUGAUCAACCAAUAUAGACGCUUAAGCGUUGCUGUGGUUCAUAGCUCGUGGAGGUGCCUUGAUCGCCAUGUUGGAACACGCCUCCCCCGCUCUUUAGUGAAGAAACGGCAGCAGCCGUGGCGCUGUCGGUUUUCCGUGCAGCAGUCGCGCGUGUGCGUCCCAAGCUUGUGGACUCACCGAACGCCGCUCCCGCCGGCGGUCGAUUCAACAUCUCGCCGCUCAGUUACGAUCAUUUCUUUUUGCGCGCGCGAAUUCGGCCAACAUCGGCGUGGGGUGGUUAAAUGCGCGGCAAACAAGUGCUGAUUGGAUUACCACUUAAAAUCUCAAACGAAAGACAAGCACGAAAAAUCUGUAAACAAUAAACGCAGAGCCCCUUGAUUUUCGUGUGAGACAGUAGCUAGAAGGAGAGAGACUAAGUAAGGGCACAGAGUGUGGAGAAAGAAAUACAUAACCACGGUGCUCCUUUGAUGUUGCUAGUAUUGCGACAACUGAUUGGUGGUAGGGAGAAAACACAGGGCUAACAUUCAAGAUCCUACCUUUCGGUAGACUUGAUUAGUGUUAUGCAUCUGCACCAUCAAUCUCCUUGGUUCCAUCAUCUUGGCGACCAGUUGUUGAGCUAUUAUGCUCUGUUCAGAGUUUGUUUUUAUCAACUAAGCUGUUGAUGAAGUCUUGUACAGCUAAUCACCAACUUAUAGCAGUUACCUGCUACGUAGCAUUUAUGUACAAUAUUUGUCAAAUAGAAUUGAAGCCAAGAUGCAGCAGGUGGAUACACUCUCGCAAAACUCUUUUUAGCUCAUUUUUGCAUCCUGUUACCGCUUCUAGGAAAUCCAUUAGGCUUGAGUAACAGCCUAUCCUUAAAGGAUAGGAUUAAGUACUUGUAAAAUAAUUCCCCCGUUUGACUGAAUAGUAUGUAUGAAUUACAGUUAGAUGUGGAGGAGCGAGAAAGGCUGUGUAAUAUACCGAAGACGAGCGCCCCUGGCAAGGCAUCAACUGCGCCAACAGCUCCUGUUAAAGAGCCGCCUCCACGAGAGGAGCCGCCUUUGGAGCCGGUCAACGGCGUUGUACAGCCGCCGGUCGUUCCUCCGCCGAACCGACCCGGUCGAAUAACGAAUCAGCUUCAAUUCCUGCAAAAAGGUGUUAUCAAGCCACUAUGGAAGCACCAAUUUUCGUGGCCUUUCCAGCAGCCUGUCGAUGCAAAGAAGCUCAAUUUGCCGGACUACCACAAAAUCAUCAAACAGCCAAUGGACUUGGGCACGAUAAAGAAACGCUUAGAGAACUGUUACUACUGGAGUGGCAAGGAAUGCGUUCAAGACUUCAACACAAUGUUCUCUAAUUGUUAUGUAUACAACAAACCCGGCGAGGAUGUGGUAGUGAUGGCACAAACAUUAGAGAAGCUGUUCCUCACGAAGGUUGCACAAAUGCCAAAGGAAGAAGUGGAGCUGGAACCACCAGUGCCGAAAGGUCCAAAGGGAAAAAAGCCUGGAGUACCAGCUCGCGUACCCGGAGUACCAGGUACACCGACGACACCUGGUCGUGGUAGGCCGGCAUCAACGACGACCGUGACGUCGAGCGUACCUAACAGUAUGGCUGUGCCACCAACGGCUACGACAACCGGCACCACCGGCGCCAUUCCGUCGAUGCCAUCACUAGGCACACAACCGCCCGUCUCCGUACCCGGCAGUACCAAUACCACCACGAUAGCACCGCCAACCGUUGCAAUACCCGGCGUUACCUCCAUGGUCACACACAAUUCCCUGCCACCGCAGGUUGUACCUCCAAAUACUGGUUAUCAUGCGCAACCGGUUAUUGAUGCCCAGGCGGCCACUUUGGCACCACAAGUACCGACGCCGGCAACGGUAAUGCCACCUUCACAACCCGCCAAACUAAAAAAAGGCGUGAAGAGAAAGGCUGAUACCACGACUCCCACAGCUAAUUCUUUUGACCCCUUGUAUGCGCCAUUGGACAAAAAUGCCAAGCUUCCCGCAAGACGAGAAUCUGGCAGACAAAUUAAAAAGCCGACGAGGCAAGCGGAAGACGGCCUGGUGCCGUUCCAUCAGGCCAACAUGCCCCUGAUGGGGGCUAUGGCCCAGCAGCCUCAACACACUAGUGGUAAAACGAAGGACAAGUUGACGGAAGCUUUGAAAUCAUGCAACGAAAUCCUGAAAGAGCUAUUCUCCAAAAAGCACUCGAGUUACGCGUGGCCAUUUUACAAACCGGUCGAUGCGGAUUUGUUGGGCCUUCACGAUUACCACGACAUCAUCAAAAAACCUAUGGAUCUUGGGACCGUGAAGCAAAAAAUGGAUAAAAGAGAGUACAAUUCAGCAUCGGAGUUUGCCGCUGAUGUACGACUCAUAUUCACGAAUUGCUAUAAGUACAAUCCACCAGACCACGACGUGGUUGCCAUGGCGAAAAAGUUACAAGAUGUCUUUGAAAUGAGGUAUGCCAAAAUCCCAGACGAUUUGCCGAUGGGAAGUCUGGCAGUUUUGAAAGGUUCCGACAGUGAUGUUAGCAGUUCAGUAUCUGAAGAUUCGUCCGAGUCGGAUGAUUCCGAAGAAGCAGAAAGAACACAAAAGCUUGUGGCUUUGCAACAGGAGCUUAAAGCAAUGCAGGAGCAAAUGCGAAAGCUUGUGGAACAAAGUGGCAAGAAAAAGAAAAAAGUAAAGAAAGAAAAGAUUGGCAAGCCAAAGCCCAUGGGCAAAGAUUUGUUGACUGGCGGUCACAGUGGUGCCAUGAAAGAGCUAAUGAAGCCAACCGGUAGCUUCCGUGGCGUGUCGGACAGUGUUGGUGCUAGUUUAGCCAAUGUAUCCCUUGGCGCAGCUUCGAUGUACGGAUACCCGUACAAUACUUAUCCUUCUGUGCCCCCAGGCCAUCAUUUGCCGCCGAGUGUGGCCGCGACGACAGCUCAAGCGGCAAUGGCCGCAGCUGUUAAUGCCGUUGGUAUGAAUGCCAAAGGUCCCAAGGCCGGUAAAGGCCGCGGUCCUGGCAAAGCUACCGCAGCUAAUGCUGCUAACAAACGGCCAAAGGCCAAUAGUCGAUCAGCUGGCACCAAGAAGAAAAAUGCCACAAAUCAACCGCCACCUAUGGCGUUCGACUCAGAAGAUGAGGACAAUGCUAAACCAAUGUCCUAUGAUGAGAAGAGGCAGCUAAGUUUGGACAUUAAUAAACUACCGGGUGACAAGUUGGGUCGCGUUGUACACAUAAUACAAUCACGUGAGCCGUCGCUAAGGGAUUCGAAUCCAGAUGAAAUCGAAAUUGACUUUGAGACGCUGAAGCCAUCGACGCUAAGAGAACUCGAAAGCUACGUUGCAUCUUGCCUGAGGAAAAAACCACAUAAAAAAGUCAGUGGUAAAUCCAAGGACGAACAAAUGGCAGAAAAGAAGCAAGAAUUAGAGAACAGAUUACAGCAAGUUACAGGGCAGCUAGGAAAUGCGAAAAAGCCUAUGAAGAAAGACGAGAGUAGUAAAUCGACGGAUGCAGUAGGCGCCGGUGGCACGAGUGGACCCUCAAGAUUAUCGGCGUCGAGCAGUAGUAGCAGCGACAGUGAUUCCAGUAGCAGUUCUCUCUCGUCAAGUUCCAGCGAUUCGAGCGACAGUGAAGCAGGUUAGAUAUAAGCCUCAUGUAAAAAAACAAACUGUUGUCGCAUUAUAUGCUCGAAAAAGAGACAAAACUAUACGAAUUGGGGAACAAAUUAUAUCGGAGGUGAAAACAGAACGAGCUAACUAGGUGCUUUAUGUGCGCGGUUACUCACGACUGUUUGUGACUCGAAAAUGCUGAAAGCAAAGAAAUAUAAAUAUAUAAAUAUUAAUUUAAUCCUUUAAUUGUAAAGGAUAGCGAAGAUUAUUUUCCGGGUAAGACUUUGAUUUAGAGUACGGAUUAUUCGCUAUAUAAACUUCGAGAUUGUUGUGGGAAAAGAGUAUAAUCAUUGACUUAUACGUUUGUGACAAGCAUUGACAAUUAAUUGUUCACAUGCUGUCUUCUUCCCCCGCUGGGUUAAUAAGUAGAUUUCUUUUUUCAUACGCACGCGAGUUUACAAAAAUAAAUGAAGCUAUAUUAUUGUGUUUUGGGCCGUUGUGUCGCAUUCAUCAUUUCGACAAGCAUAACUUAAUGAUCAAGCGUUACUUUUUCUUUAUGUUUUUUGUUAAAUGCACGGAUAUUAAAUUAAAAAAAAUCGACACAAAAAAAAUGAAUGAAAACAAAUAACAAUAAUAAUAAUAAUAAUAAUAAUAAUAAUAAUAAUACGGAUAAUCAAACGUGAAAAGCAAUGUUUUUUGGGUAAGAAAGGGAGAGAAAAGCAGCGCACCUAGCCACGCAGCAUGAUCAAUCGGUUUUUAAAGCAUGUAACUUUUGUACGCACCACUUAGUGAACUUUGGACCAAACUAGUAGAAUUUCUUGUUUUUUAUAUAAGAAAAUUUGUACACUUUUUUACUCUUACAAACUGGGAUACCAAUUAUCCUAGUUGAAUUAUCGAAGUAGCGUAGUUUUUUAGAUAAAAAACUUAGAAUAUGUUAUUUAGUACAAAAGAUCAUACACACAAUUGUAUAUUUUUGAAAGAAAUAGUUGUAGCAUCAUGGCGCAUCUGUAAUCGUCAUCAUUGCAGUUAUCUGUAAAUAUAGUAAACGUCAGAAGCAAGAAUUGAUUGAAAAUAAUUUUUUUAAAUUGCUUCUUGAUCAUCACGCGCGCACACACACGCACGCACGCACACGCACGCACGCACGCACGCACACACACACACACACACACACACACACACACACACACACACACACACACACACACACACACAAUCCGGCGUUUGCUUUGAUAUUUUGACUCCGGAAUAUAAAAUGCGCAAGAAAUGCUUCCUGGCGUGGUGGCUGCUUUACGGAAAUAUAUGAGUUUGAUAUAUAUCAAUAUUAAAUCUCAUUGAGUCGCGAAGUUGAACUUUGUUUGGCCUUGGAAAACAGGCUAAGUCAAGUUUUUUUUAAACGGCAAUAUUAUUUAGUAGUGAGAGAUAGAAAUAAAUACGAGGACGGGAAGAUUAGGAAAAACACGCGCA